AUACAUCGUAAAAUUAUCUUCACUGCUGCAUUUUGUUAGAUACAGCGAGGAGGUAUAGCAAAUUUACUCUUUCCUUAGCAUUUAGCUGUUGUUAGAUUUUAAAGCAGUGCAAUUUCAACUAAGAUGUCGUCAACAUCAACUGUUAGUGAAGUAAAGAUGAGAGAUUGUGAAGAAAUAAAAAAAGAAAUAGAAAGUAAUGCUGUACAAUUCAUCGGCAACGACGGAGAACCUAUGCUAAUUUAUCAAUAUAAAGGGCACAAUUUUCUUCGUAUAGAAAUGGCAUCAUCAGCUUUGUCCAAACUACAUACAGUGAAAAUUAGACCUGAUGAUAUUUUGCUGUACACCCAUCCUGGAGCAGGUUCACAUUGGAUGUUUGAAGUCAUUAAUAUGGUACUGAGAGAAAGCAGUGAAAGAAUCAGCACGAUAAAGGAAUCGUUGCUAUUAGACUGGGCACCAAUAGAAAUUCUCGAGUCAGCUGAAUCACCUCGAGUAUUGAACACACACCUUUCUAUUGAAUUCCUGCCUCCGGAAUUGCUAAAAGAUCAUAAAAUCAUCUAUCUAAACCGCAACCCUAAAGCCAUGGUGGUGUCGUACUACAGACACGUGAGUAGUUCUAAAGCUACUGAAUACACAGGAGAUUUUCCAAGCUUUUUUGACCUCUAUAUGAAAGGAAAAGUUCCUUAUGAUGAUUACUUUAAACAUGUUCAGGAAUUUUAUGCCCUAAUUAAAGAUAAUCCAAAUGCACUUAUCAUUACUUAUGAAGAAAUGCAAAAGGAUCUAUACAAAGUAGUGUUACAUAUUGCUAAGUUCCUUGAUAAAACAAUUUCUGACCAACUUGCUAAAAGUAUUGUUGAUAUGUGUUCAUUCGAUAAGAUGAAAUCUGAGAAAACAUUGGUGUCUGCUUCGUGUGUCCCUAAAGACUUAUUCAAAGAGGGUGGUACUUUCUACCAUUCUGGUAAAGUGGAUACAUGGAAAAAAUGGUUGACCGUUGAGCAAAGUGAACGAAUUGAUGCAAAGAUCCAAUCAGAAUUCAUUGAUAAAGGAAUCAUAUUCAAUUUCUAAAUUAUUCCACUUGUGUUAGAAAGAAGUAUUUUAAGUUAGAAUUUAAAAUCUUAAUAAGAAGAUUUGUGCCCAUAGAAAUAUACAUUGAAUUUGUAUAUAGCCAGUUUAUAUAAAUUAAUGACAUGAAAGUGGUUUGUAAUAAUGAUUGAGUAAAUGUUAAUAAAACCUACAAAUAUA